AUGAUUGAGAUAAUAUUGAAUGAUCGUCUUGGACGUAAAAUCCGUGUUAAAUGUAAUUCUGAUGAUACAAUUGGCGAUGUGAAAAAGUUGGUGGCAGCCCAUACAGGUAAGAUUAAAUUUACUAGAGCUUUAAAGUCACUUAUUUACUUGCCAGGUACAAGGUGGGAAAAAAUUCGCAUUCAAAAAUGGUACACCACUUAUAAGGAUCACAUAACACUAGAAGACUACGAAAUUAAAGAUGGUAUGGGACUAGAAUUAUAUUAUAACUAG